CACAAGUCACCUACGUCGGACACAAUUUCUUCUUACUCGCAGCUCCUCCCUGACGACGGCAUAGCUUUCUGUGAUAGCUUGAGACGCGGUAAGUAUCAUAGUGAGAUGAUAUCUAAGUGCUAGUCCACCAUAUAUUGGCGCGCGCCUGACGGACACCUCUACUAAAAAGAAUCGUACCAUUGGCACAACUUCCACUCUAUCGUCAGCAACGAUGGUGCACCAUCAGAAAUAUGCAGCAAAUGCCAUAUUCUUGGCCAUAUUUAUGUCGACCAGUUCCCAGUGGCAUCGCUGCACAGCCAGCAAAGGAGACUUCAACUUGACAAUUCUACACACCAACGACGUUCACGCACACUUGGAAGAAAGCAACAAAUAUGGCGGCAAAUGCUUUGAUGAAAAAAACGAAAAUUCCACUUGCGUCGGCGGUGUUGCCCGAAUUGUCUCAAAAGUGAAGGAAAUAAGAGAAAAGAACCCUAAUGCGCUGUUCGUGAACGCCGGAGAUUUUUUCCAAGGCACACCUUACUAUACUCUCUUCAAACAAGAAGUCAUAUCCGAAGUCAUGUCCGUUAUGGGUUACAACUUCGCAUGUCUUGGAAACCAUGAAUUUGACGACGGACCAAAGAAUCUUGCUCCUUUCCUUAAAAAAAUGAACGAAUCUAAUGUUACCAUAGUUGGAACGAACACCGAUUUUUCGAAGGAUUCAGAUCUCUCACCUUACGACCUUCCGAAGCAUGCAAUAACGACAAUUAACCGAAAGAAGAUUGGUAUUCUCGGUGCAGUUAUUCCUAGUACAAAAUAUGGUUCAAGCCCAGGACCACAUGUUGAAUUUUACGAAGAAAUAGAGAGUUUUAAAAAUGAAACGGCUAAGCUUCUUGAAGAAAAAGUGGAUAUAAUUAUUGCAAUCACACACAGUGGCUUUAAGCGCGAAAUCGACAUAGUCCAGAAUGUUCCAGCUAUAGACAUACUGGUUGGUGGACACACAAACACAUUUCUCUACACAGGAGAUGACCGUCCAAAGGAGAAUAAGCCAGUAGAUGUGUAUCCAUACGUUGUGAAUAGAAGCGACGGCAGCCAGGCGCUCGUUGUGCAAGACUACUGCUUCGGGAAGUUCCUCGGCCGACUGGACGUCACAUUCAACGGCACCGGCCAUAUAGUGCACUGGGGAGGUAACCCUAUUCUGCUGGACCGUAAUGUGAAGGAAGAUCAGUGCAUAACCGAUGUGUUAAAACCCUUCAAGGAAAACCUCACAGCACAGAUGGGCGUCGUGAUAGGCAGUACUCAAGUCCUCAUGGAGCAUAACCACGACAUAUGUAGAAUGCAAGAGUGCAACCUCGGCAAUCUGAUUGCGGAUGCAUACUAUGAGUAUUACCUGAACAUGACUACGACGACGGGUCCUGUGUGGUCGGACUUGAACGGUGCCGUUGUCAAUGCUGGCAGCAUCAGAACUGCGCUACCAAGCUUCUACAACGUGACUUGGGGUGACGUCGUGACUACUCUUCCAUAUGGAAAUUCGCUAUUAACAAUGACACUUUCCGGAACUGACGUGUGGAAAAUGUUCGAGCACGCAGCCACAAACUACACGACCGAGGAAGAUAAACAAAAAGGACGCUUUCUUCAGGUAUCAGGGUUCCGGGUGCAGUAUGACCUGACGAAAAAUAAUUAUGACCGCGUCGUCUCUAUCAGCGUUCUUUGCGCAAACUGCAGCGUGCCAAUUUACCAGCCACUCGACUGUAAUAAGAGUUACAAGAUUGUUGCCGCAGACUUCGUUGCAAGAGGUGGCGACGGAUUCAAGUUUGCCAAUUCCGUGAUCGUGAGUGACGUAGGGCCAAUCGAGUAUGAAGCUUUGGAGAACUACAUCGUUAAAAUGUCCCCGAUGAGGACGCCAAAUGAAGGACGUAUUAUGAUCACUUUGAAUUCUACGGAUGAACGAGCAGUACAAAACUACACAAAACUAAUACGUGAAGACCAAACGUGCAAGGACGGAACGUGUAAUCCAAAUCAAUAAAAGUAAUGUGCUUACCAAAACAGG